CUCGUAUCAAGACGAUCAUUGUGCCCAAAUGAUCACUUUUUCAUUAUUCUCUAUCGUCACGUGCAUCCAUAUGCGUAGCUAGUAGAUAUAAGACGGUUAACAGCUGAUCGCAACCUGAUUGAUGCGUCUCCUUCUGGCCAAUUUUCGUGCAUUUCACAUAAUAUUUCCAAAUAUUUUAAAGUACAAUUUUUUUCUGCCUCUAAAAAUUUCUCGACCACUAAUAUAAAAUACACUCUCUUUUCUUCCCACUCACAUUUUUCCACUUUACGUUUGCCACGUGACAUAUGUCAAGCGAGAGAGAGAGUGAGAAAGAUGACAUAUUUAUUACUAGAAUGAGAGUGGGAGAGGGAAGGAUCCAGAAUAGAGGAGGAUCUCGUGGAGUCCGAUGAUUUUUUACAGUCGUCCAGUUCAGAAUAAAGGAAGUCCAUCGUAAAGUGUUUUUCGAAUGUAAACAAUCUCAUUUUUAAACAGACUUUUAAUUAGAUUGGUGAAUACGCAGUAAGAGAAAAAUUUUAAUUCAUUCUUAUAAAGAACAACCCAGAUUGAACAACAAUAAAUGAGCUAAGAAAGAAACAAAAAACAAGAAUAAGUUUAGAGUACAUACUGGGUUUUAGAUUUAAUCUAUUUUGAUCACCGAAGCAAGGAUGGAACCAAUGGAAUUUAUCGCUGUGGAAAGCACUCCUGAUCAUUUAGAUGAAUUUGGAACAGAAGUUAAUUGCGUGCCCUUUGAUCCUUUUAAAGUGGAGGAAGAAAAACAAGAAUUGACCGAUGCACUGAAAUAUUGUAUAGAUCUAUUAAAAGAUGCGCAGAUUAUUAUAGAUUUGCAAAAUAGUCGCAAAACCAUCUCAAAGCGUUCCCAGCUCAUGGGAAAAGAAAUUCAUCGUAGGAUAGUAGAUAUGCUGCACUCCAUGAAGUUUGAGAAUGACGAGAAAGUGGUUAAACGUAAUGAAGAGAUGCUAUCCUGUUCAGAAAAAGAAUCAUGUAGCACAAUUAAGAUAGAGCAAGAAAAUUCUGACAUUGUACUUGUUGAAAAGAAUAUGUCAACCCUCAAUCAAUCAUUCAAAUCUGAAAAUGAAUACCAUAGCAUGGAUUAUGUGUAUGAAAAUUCAAUGAAGAUUGAAAAUAAUGAAAAUACAAAUAAAGAAAAAUUACCGACAUCACAUAAGAGACACAUCAAUCGAAUACAUCCUAGUAUCGAAGAUAGUAUUAAAAUUUUAGAACGGCUUGAUAGAGGAGAGAAAAUCGUCAACUUAGCAAAGGAAUACAACCUAUCUAAAUGGAGAAUUGGAUUAAUAAAGAAAUCUAGGAGACAUUUUCUAGAACAAAAAAAAUUGAUGAGGGAAGGAAAAAUAUACGAAAAAGACUUCCGGUUUGAACAGGCUUUGUACACAUGGUUUCUCCAAAAAAGAAGCAUUGGGGAUUCUGUGACAGAAUCGAUGCUAAAAAGGCAGGCAAUAGAAUUCAAUGAAUUAUUUAAGGGUACCAGAACUUUUAAAGGCAUUAAUGGUUUUAUGAACGGAUUUAAAACAAAACACAAUAUUAAAUGUUUGACAAAUCAAAAGGAGGAGAUAUUGUCUGCGGAUCAGGAAUUGAAUAAUAAUUUUUAUCAAAUGUUUAUAAGAUAUUGUACAGAUAAUAAGAUACCAUUAGAUAAGAUUUAUAACGCCGACGAAACUGGACUCAAUUGGAAGAUGCUGCCGAAUAAAAUUGUCAGCUCCAAAGAUGAACAUCAAUCUUCUGAAAUAGAAUCGGUGGAAAACAGAGUUACAUUAAUGGUGUGCACAAACGCGACAGGAAGUCACAAACUCCCAGUGUUAAUUAUAGGAAAAACAAAUCCGCAUUAUUUAAAAAGCAUAAAAUCUCUGCCGGUUGUUUAUAUGAAUCAGGAAAACGCCUGGAUGGAUGGGCAACUAAUGUCAAGAUGGUAUCGAGAAGUUUUUCUACCAGAAAUUGAACGUGUUCAUAGAUCGAGUAAUGAGAAAUGUCUUCUUUUGCUCGAUAAUGCCUCCAGUCAUCUGUCAACGGAACGCUUGAACUCGAUUAAUGAACGAUGCCGAGUGAUCUUUCUGCCGCCUAGUGUAAGCUCCCUCGUUCAACCUAUGAAUCAAGGAAUCAUUGAGAAACUCAAGAAAAUGUACAAGAUAAAACUUCUGAAGGUAAUGCUUACGUCGAGAAGCGCCAAAACGAUUCCGAAUUUGUUAGAGCUAUUUGAUAUAUAUAAAUGCGCAUGUUUAAUGAGCAAAGCAUGGGGCGAAGUGACGAAAAGCGAUAUAAAGAAUGGCUGGAGAAAUAUCUUUCCAUUUUGCUCCAAUCCAAAGCCAGAAUUUGACUCUCAAUCACUUCUACACAUGGUGAUUAAGAUUCCUAAAUAUAGUAAUGUUACAUUGGAAGAGAUUAAUUCAUGGUUGCACAGUGAUGACAAUGAACAAGGAUGGCAGAUAUUAAAUGAUCGACAACUGGCCUUUCCCGAAGAGGACGACAAUAAUAAAUAAUAUCUUGAUGAAGAUUUAUAGAGCAUAUUUUAAGAUAAGUAAUAUUACGAAAAUUUUAUAAACAUAUGAGGAAAUUCGCUUCGAGACUGAAAAGAUAAAUAUAUACAUAUACUUGUAUAAAUGUACAUACAUACAUACAU